AUGAGUUACCUCCCCGGGCUUUUGACCUUACAUCAUUCCCUCCUGGCCUCGGAUACAAAUUACCCCUUCAUCGCUCUUCACACAGACUGCUUUCCCGAGGAGGGCCGCGCCGCCAUUGCUGCCAGAGGGAUCCCCCUCCAACGGGUUCCACGGCUAAGCCCUUCGAACACAAGAGACUACUCAAGCGAGCCACGUUUUGAAGACACAUGGAUCAAACUGACCGUCUUCUCUCUCACCGCGUACAGCCGAGUCGUCCUCCUAGACUGCGACAUGCUCGUGCGCAAGAACAUGGACGAGUUGAUGCUGCUGCCACUGAAUCCCGCCGGCACCACCAUCACUACCGGCACAAAGGUCUUCGCUGCCGGUCACGCCUGGGUCCCGGCCAAUUGUCCGUUUACGUCUCACCACGCCGACCCUGAUGCAGCCCAGACCAACGGCAAGGAUCUUACUCAGCAGCCACUUGGGCUUCUAAACAGCGGUCUUCUCGUCGUGAUCCCCUCCAAAGGUCAGUACGAGGCGAUAGUAGACUGUGUCAAGACCGCACCUGCAGAGUGGGUAUUCCCUGACCAGGACCUCCUCGCCAAUCUGUUUCGUGGACGAUGGGUGGUGUUGCCCUACGUUUACAACGCACUGAAGACGCUGAGAUGGAACGGCGUGCACGAUGCUAUUUGGAGGGACAAGGAGGUCAAGAACAUUCACUACAUCCUUAGCCCCAAACCUUGGGCUGAUCGUGAAUGUGAUACAUCGGAUCACGACGAGUCCCAUCAGUGGUGGUGGGCGGCGGACAGGAAGCGCAGGGCACGGGAGGAAGCCGAUGGGAUUUCUGAUGGGUAUUGA